CUAUACAACACUGUGUAAUGCUAUCAAAAGGCUGCUUCUCUGACACCCAUUUUUAGCAUGAAUGAAUGCUUGUAGACCAAAAAGAGCCCGCUUAUCAAUGAUCCUCACGCUAAAACCCAAAACAAGCCCGCCCAAAGUGCCAAUCAAUAAAACAAGAGAAAUCCACACACACAGUGUGAGUGUGCCUUUUCUUUGCAAUGCAGCAGGGUAGUGCUCUGUUUGUUAUCAUUUGAUUUGUGAGUGAUUUGAUAAGUAAAAAAGAGAUGGUUGUUUGUUUGGGUUUGCGUGAAAACCUGAAAAGGUCCAGUGAAAUGCAUGGGUAAUGGGUUGGAUUGACGAAUGAUGAUGAUUCAAAUCCCAGAAGACCCGAAUGUCACUACUUGAUUUGCCAAGCCUUUUUCAGUUUUCAUCUCCAUUUCCCUUGGGUUUAGCAUAUUUCCUGUGGAACUGAGUAGGGACCCUUGGUUGCUCUUCUUGAUGUACUGGCGUUUGGGGAAAAGUGGAAAAAAAAAAAAAAGAUGUGGGGCUUGGAUCGAAAUAUUUGUGCUUGGGUGCUGAGGAACUGCUGGAAAUUUUUAGCUUUAUGAAAUUGGGAAUUUUUGAGUGAAGAAUUAGAGAGAAAUGGGGGGAACAAGCUCAAAAGGUGAGAGGAGUGAAGCUUUGAGAUUGUGCAAAGAGAGAAAGAGGUUCAUCAAAAAAGCCAUAGAUUCUAGAUAUGCAUUAGCAGCUGCCCAUGUUUCAUAUGUUCAAUCUCUGAGAAAUAUAGGCAUUGGUCUUGGGAGGUAUGCUGAGGCUGAGGUGUUGAUAGAGCCCUCUAUAUCCACUCCCCCCACUGACCCUUCAGCCUCUCCGCUUCACAUUCCCGGUGGGACUUCAGAUUCUCCGGUUCUCAAUGGAAGCCCUGUGUCACCCCUUACUGCUAGGUUGAGUUACAUGAAGUCGGGUGGCACUUCGGCCGUUACUGUUAAGGUGACUCCACCAGUCAAGAAUAUGUAUGUUGAAGAUGGUGGGUUUCGAAUGCCCCCACCGCCACCUCCGCCUCUGGAGUCUGGCUCUUCUUGGGAUUUCUUCGAUCCUGCUGGUAAUGCAGAGAGCUUUAGAUUUGCAGUGGAUAAUGAUGGGUGUAUGAACUUUGAUGAUAUGGAAAUGAAUGGCGAUGGGGAUAUGGUUCAAGAAGAAUUCAUGACACCUAAUUCGGAUACUAGAAGUCCCAAAUAUAGUAAAUUGGAAGUGGAUAAUUCCCAUCCAGUUACACCCCAGGGGGCGAAAAGCAAUAGUCAUAAUGGACUUGGAAAAAGAUCUGGUAUGCAGCAAUCUGGAUCAAAGGGUGACAAGUCUUUGGUGGGGAAAGAUAUGUAUGCAGAAAGAGAGGAUCCUUCGGAGUUCAUAACACAUAGGGCUAAAGAUUUCCUCUCUAGUGUAAAGGACAUCGAGAACCAGUUCUUUAGAGCAUCAGAAUCCGGUAAAGAGGUUUCCAGGAUGCUCGAGGCUAGCAAAAUCCGAGUUGGGUAUUCAGAAGCUAAAGGAAAAUUGUCGGCUUCAAUCUACUUGACUUCCAUUGGUGGAGCUUGCUGCCGAAGAGGAACUGCAAACAUUUCUGAAGGGGAACAGGGGCAUGGGACAAAGGUCAUUACUUGGAAACGGACAACAUCUUCAAGGUCAUCUUCAUCGAGGAACCCUCUUAAUGCAAAAGAUGACAACGAUGACAGUGGAAGUGAUUUUGUUGAAGAUUUUUGCAUGAUUGCUGGAAGCCACUCAUCGACCCUCGACAGAUUAUAUGCAUGGGAGAGGAAGCUUUAUGAUGAAGUGAAGGCAAUUGAGUUAAUUAGGAGGGAAUAUGAUCGUAAGCGCGUCCAGCUUAGACACCAAUUCGCCAAAGAUCUUAGUUCCCAAGUAAUUGACAAAACCCGAGCAGUGGUGAAGGAUCUACAUUCCCGAAUCAGGGUUGCACUCUAUGCAGUAGACUCAAUAUCAAAGCGGAUUGAAAAAAUGAGGGAUGAAGAGUUGUUGCCUCAACUUUUGGAGCUUAUUCAGGGGUUGAUCAGAAUGUGGAGAUCGAUGCUCGAAUGUCAUCACACUCAAUAUAUAACGAUCUCGUUAGCAUACCAUGGCAAGGCAGCAUCGGGUAGAAGUAGUCCCCGGGGAGAAGAUCAAAAGCAGAUCGUGGCACAGCUACUGGAUGAAGUGGAGUGUUUCGGGUUGAGCUUUGCUGAUUGGAUCAACAGCCAGACAUCAUAUGUAGAAGCUCUAAACAGUUGGUUGCAGAACUGCAUCUUGCAACCACCAGAGAGAAAGAGCAGGAGAGCCUUUUCCCCUCGUCGUGUGAUAGCCCCGCCAAUUUUCGCCCUUUGUCGUGAUUGGUCAGCUGGAAUUCAGUCUCUGCCAUCUCGAGAACUCAAUGAUGCCAUCAGAGCAUUUCUAUAUGAGCUGCGCCAUUCAGGCGAACAGCGCCACGAGGAACAACAAUGCAACAAUGAGGAAAUCAUGGAGAAAGACGGAGGAGAUAAGAAGCACGAGAGGUGCUCAAAUUUAAGCCGCAUGCAUGCUAGUUUGACCAUUGUCCUGGAUAGACUGAACAAGUUUUCUGAGGCUUCUCUGAAAAUGUGUGAAGAUGUGAGGCAGAAAUGUGAUGCAGCCAGAAAUACUUAUGUGAACUAUAGGCCUCCCCCAAGAUCCUUUAGCGUAUGAAAGCAUUUAGAACAUGUUUUCUUGUUCAAG